AUGUCCUCCUCGUCUUCCCUGCCCAGGGCCGCAGCUCGUCUGGCGAGAUCGGCUCGCCGCCCAAUUGCCCGCCACGCAGCGCCGACACCUUCGUCCCGCAUCUGGCAAAAGAGCUGCUACCACUCCUACGACCACCCUCCUCCGCCAGGGCCCUUUGGUACCGUCGACAGGGCCAUCCUCGCCGCCGCCUACAAGCACAUUCCCGAGCAUGGCUUCUCCCUGCGCGCCAUUGGCCUCGGUGCCCGCGAUGCCGGAUACCCAGACAUCAGCUCCAGCAUCCUACCCGAUGGCCAGUUCAGCCUGAUCCACUACCAUCUCGUCAUGCAGCGCGAGCGACUGGCUGAGAAAAGCCAAGAGCUUCUCAAGGAUGAGUCGCUGGCAAGCGUCAAUGACAAAGUCGCCGCCUUGACCUGGGAGCGGCUGAUGGGCAAUAAGGAAACUAUACACAGAUGGCAAGAGGCCUUGGCCAUCAUGGCCCAGCCAAGCCAUAUGCCUACAUCGCUAGCAGAGCUGGCCACCUUGUCAGACGACAUCUGGUUCCUGGCCGGCGACAAGGCUGUCGACCCUUCAUGGUAUACCAAGCGGGCGGCCCUUUCCAUGGUCUACAGCUCCAGCGAGCUGUUCAUGACUAAUGACACAUCGCCCUCCUUUUUGGAAACCAGAAAGUUUUUGGAUAGGAGGCUGGACGAGGUCCAGUCCGUUGGAGGAACUGUAGCAUCCAUGGGACAAUGGGCCGGCUUCACGCUGAAUGCGGGCAUCAACGUCCUGAGAAGCAAAGGAGUUCCUAUCUGA